CGUGCAAGGAGAAAGUUUCGUUAGAGAGCGAGAGUAUAAGACGCGGUAGCGGACUGAGAAAAUUAGUUUAUCGCUGGUGCAUCUGAAGAUAAACGGUCAGGAUGAGGAUGAAAUUGGUCCUGAUAGUUUGCUUAGCAAUAGCGAGAGAAGUAUUUGGUACUCAAGUGUACGAGACGCCGAGUGACUCUUCGCAACAAUGGCAGCCGUGGAAUAAUCAAGACUUCAACCAAGCCUCAAACGAAAAACAAGAAAAGCGUGAUUUCGUCACGUUCGACAACUCUGAUACCUCACAACAGAAAGAGACGCAACAACCGCUGCUUUACAAUGCGAAUAUUCAAUCGAGUGGCAGUGGAGUGGCCAACGUCAUUGGUCAACAAUCAAUUGAUUCUGUGAUCGAUAAUAUUAUCGUAUCUAGUCGGCAAGGUCGCAAUCUUGAGGAAUAUAAUGAAAUUUAUUCUGAUCCUAAAAUAAAAAAUGCUCUGCAGCUUGACAAUGAUACGCUCGCACGUAGUUUCAUCAAGGACAAGCUUUGCUCUCUCAGUUUGAUCAACUGCGAAGAGGUGGAAGAACGACGACCUUACUAUUCUCCACACCGCGAUAUUCAUCCCCACGAUGUCAUCUAUGCUCAACCGGUGACCAUCAAGCCAGUAGGCCGUCCACUUCCGGCCAUACCCGUGAAACGACCUUAUGGUCCAGCGAAACCCGUACCACUUCCUAGUUUUGGUUCUUCGCUGGGACCCAACGUUUUUCCUGGACCCGGACCGACAUUCGGUAGACCUCCGCCUGUCUUUGUCGGGCCUUAUCCUGGAUACAAAAAACCCGGCCCGCCUUUCCCAAUUGGACCAUUAGGGCCCAAACCCAUAUACGAACCUAGCAUCGAGUCCGAUUUCGAGGAUAAAUUUAUCGAUAAGAAGCAGGUGGUCCUCCAUCAACCGACUGCCGCAGGUGUUCAGCAACACGUUCAUCAUCAUUACCAUCACGGGGACGUCGAUGGCACCGUGGCGCACAAUCCCACCGUAGUCGCAUCAUCUCCUACAUUCGGUGGCAUCGGCAAUUAUGGUUAUGGAAACGGCGGUACUUACGGCGGUUUGAUCAAUGAUUUCGAAGAUUAUAAGAAAACGUUCAACAUCAAAACGCCCACGAGCAACAAUGGCCCGUCGGGCUCUUCCUCGAUCGCAAAGGGUUAUGCCGAUCGUUACCCCACUUAUGUGAAGCCGAACGGCAAACAGUUUACUCCCGGUGGACAAUUUUUCUCCAGUCAAUUCUUGGAGAAUGGUGGUUCCCCCGGUGAUUAUCCGUUCAAUAACGGUGCCGACAACAGUUUCGGUUCCUCGUCAUAUGACGAUUGCGUAUGCGUGCCAUACGAUCAAUGCUUGACAUCCAAUAACGUAGGCCGUAAAGACGAUCUCUACUUGGCAAUCGAUCCGCGUAAUCUCGACAAGGGUAUCGAGGCCGAAACUGAUGAGGUAGUAAUCACCGACGGAAACGGCACAAUGACUGUCGUAAGGGUGCCCAAGGGAGCAAACGAGACCGAGCAGAUCGUGCAAACGAAAAACGAGCAGACGGAGAAAACGGAAAACACGAAGCGAAGAAGCAGGGAUAUCAAGCACGUUACCAAGAAGGACGACGGGCAGGAGAUACAAGAAAGACUGACGGUAGGAACCGGCAAUCUGGACAACUCGAAAUUGAACGUGAAGCCGACUUGGGGCGUCAGUUUCGGCCUACCGCAAACCGGUGGUGUCGGUCCAAUCGCGCCCCACCCUGGUUAUCCCCUGGGAAUCCCGGGGUACACGCCGGGCUAUGGGCUGGUUGGCGGACAGGGCAUAAAUCUAGGUCCGGUCGCCGUGAAUCCGCUCGUAGCGGUGCAGGUCACCAAAGACGAGUACGGCGAGAAGGUCAUCAAGCCUUACGUGAACCUUCAUGUAACGCCCAAUCCAGGACUUAUUCACAAGCUAGGCCAUCUCCUGGCUCACAAGAAAUAUGGACUAUACGGCGGUCAUUAUGGUGGUCAUUAUGGCGGUCAUUACGGCGGUUACCCUCCUCAUUAUCACACGCAUCACGAGAGACCGAUCUAUCAUUAUCCGUCCAGACCGCCGUUCUAUCCAUCGCACAAUAUUCAUCAUCACGAACCGAUCUAUUACAAGCCUCACAGCGGACAAACAUACUAUCCUUCCUAUUUAUACAAGGACGAUAACAACGAUUACGAUGACUAUAACGAUUAUUCGGAUGAUUAUCAGGAUGAUUACUAUAGAAAUACACGUGCGAGAAACGCGUCAACGACGAAAGGUAGACAAUUCUUGACAAAGGAUCUGUCGAAGGUUUCGUCGGAAGGACUGACCGGCAACGAACGACAGAAGAGCGGGAAGAUUACCUUCUCAGACAGAAGGAGACGCGACACGGCGUUUAGCGAAACGACGUCGGAGAGACGAUACGGACGUCCGGCUUGCAAUUCUUAUCACGUCUGCUGCCCAAGAUCGCAGAUAAUAGGAGUAAAACACGGUCAAUGUGGAGUUAGAAACGCACAGGGCAUCAAUGGCCGUAUCAAGACCCCAAUCUACGUCGACGGAGAAUCCGAAUUUGGUGAAUACCCGUGGCACGUAGCUAUUCUGAAGAAGAUCACCACGGAAAGUGUCUACGUUUGCGGAGGUACUUUGAUCUCGUCCCGACAUAUCAUUACUGCUGCUCAUUGCAUCAAGACCCAUGUCCAUCGUGAUCUUCGCGCACGAUUAGGCGAAUGGGAUGUAAAUCACGACGUCGAGUUCUACCCCUACAUCGAACGCGACAUCGUGAGUGUCUUCGUGCAUCCUGAGUACUACGCUGGUACUCUUGCCAACGACAUCGCCAUUCUGACGCUGGACCAUGACGUCGAUCUCACAAAGAACCCUCACAUUAGCCCAGCCUGUUUGCCAAAUAAAUACGACGACUUCACUGGAACAAGAUGCUGGACCACCGGAUGGGGCAAGGACGCUUUCGACGAUCGCUCCAAGUAUUCUAACGUGUUGAAAGAGGUGAACCUACCUGUCGUCAGCAACCAUGUGUGUGAGCAGCAGAUGAGGCAGACGCGGCUAGGACUCAGCUUCAUGCUUCAUCCGGGCUUCAUCUGCGCCGGCGGCGAGGAGGGCAAGGAUGCCUGCAAGGGUGAUGGCGGUGGUCCCAUGGUCUGCGAGCGUCAGGGCCACUGGCAGUUGGCCGGCGUCGUCUCCUGGGGCAUCGGUUGCGGUCAAUCGAACGUGCCUGGCGUCUACACGCGCGUCUCGCACUAUCUCGACUGGAUUCACCAGAUUGUCGGAUCUGUGAAUUACUGAUAAGACAAAAUUCGAAUCAAGUCGUAUUUGAUAUAAAAAAGAUAUGGCAAAGUUUCAUUUCUUCAAAAUCAAACAAUUUUUGUCAUUUGGAAAAAUCGGCGACGACAGUUCACAAUAUUUUAAUUUCGUACAUAUAUAGAGAGAAAGACAUAUUUAUAUAUAAUAUAUUUUAUAUCAAAACGAUUUAUAUUCUAUUUGUAUAUGAGCGAAUUUCACUUGGAGGCGGCCGAUUCAAAGCGAAGAGAUAUUUAUUCGAUUACUGCUCGUUCUUGUGUCAUCAAUUAGUUUCUCUCUUUUUUUAAUUUAAAAAUGUCUAAUUUAUUGUAUAUAGAUCUCUAGGAAUGCGUUCCAUUUGGCGCUCACAACGUUCACGAGUAUUAUAUAUGUGUCCUUCGCUGCGUUCAGCGCGGAAGCAGAAAAACUAGCUUUGCAACUCUUGUAAAAUUCUUUAAUAUGAUUAGUCUUGCCUUAGUUUCUCACUGGAUCUAGAUGUGUCUAAAUGGAAAUAAUUAGAAUUUAUUAUAUACAUAUUAAGAACUUUACAACAGUUGCAAGGCUUUUUCUGCUGAAUGCAGCCCUUGUUUAACACUUGACAAGUAUCGAAUAAUUCCAAGAGCGUUGCGAACACCAAGUGGAACGCAGUUCCUUGAUCGCGCGCCAAAGUCAUGCGACCUCGGCGCCAUUUGCGCACCGGCUAGCGAUACACGGCACGCAAUUCGCGAAGUCUGAUUCGAGCGAUCGGAUCGUCGAGUAAUGCAUUUUCUUUGCAACUGCUUAUAUAUUAUAUUUAUCAUUUAAUAAAUAACUUACACACAUACACUUCUGUAUUCUACGACCGCUUCUCUGCCCCGAUGCCGCGUAAUUAUGAUCAAUCGAAAAGUGUGAGAAUCGCUCGGAAUUUACGCGCGCACGCGUGCAACCUGCAAUCGAAUUUUUAUCGUAAGAAUAAGUAUUUGAAUAUCAGGCGAAAAGGAAAAACGACGACAAUAGCGAUUUAAACGUGACAGACCCCAUACAGCACAGAAUUUGCAGCGAUAUCGCUGCAAAAUCUCUGCAAUAUUGCUGCAAUAUAUGUAAUGUUGCUGCAAUGUUGCAGCAGUGUCGCUGCAACUUUCGUGUAACUUUGUGCUGCAGGGACGAUAAUAUCUCGACAUUUUCUUGAAGGUACCUUGUCCUGAGAGAAAGAGAAUUUCGUUUGAAUAAAGUCGCGACGAUCGCGACCGCAAGUUUCCGUCAUCUUGCAACGGUUUUCGAAGAGUUACGCUUCUAAGCGAAUUUGGAUAUUCUCGAACACACGAGAGGAUGUGUACCCAG